AACAUGCUAUGUUUUUAUUUAAUUUAAAUUGAACUCCUAUUUUGGGCAUUUAAGUUUGGUACUCCUAUUUUGGGAAUAUAUUUAAUGAUUUAAGGAGGUUUGGAGGAGUAUAAAUUCCAAAACCUCUGGGAAGAAUCUAAAAGACAGAGAAGGGGAGAUUAGGGUUAUGGCGUUAGAAGGGAGCUAUAGAGAGAAGGGCGUCGGCUUCGAUGAGAAAGAUGACACAUGGUCGCCGAAAAAGAUGCCGAAGAAGGCAAUCAGAGUGAUACGUCCCGAUGAUGAAUUUGUGGAAAGGGAUUUUAGAAUGAAUCCGGUAGUCAUCAAUAUCUUUUCCGGUCCACCCGAUCCCUUGGACAUCUCCGGCGCCACUACUAUUACCGUUGAUAAUGAAUAUAUCAAACAAAUGGGUGCCUAUCCCUCUCUUGUUCGUAUUUUUCAGGAGCAAUGCCUUGAUCGCAGAACCUUGCAGAUGUUUGAUCACCCUGGGUACACAAGUGGCUGUUCUUGCAGUGGGCUUUUUCACUGGGACAAGCCACCUGCGGAUAAGUUACUGUUCAAAAACAAUUCUGAAUUUGCCAUGAAGAGUUGCUGCAAACUCUGCAAAAAGGAUCUGAGGUUGGUCAGUGUUGACAAGUUGAGUUUGAUCCCAAGCUUUCAUCAAUUCAAUUACUUGACGUUUACAGUGAUCGACGAGCUUUCCAAUGAACACAUAACUUUCCAAGCUGCGAUUCUUGAGAUGGUAGCCGAGGACCAAUUCCUGCUAGGUUUACUUAGAGAUGUCUCACAUGAUCAGGUGGUUGCUGUCAUUCAAAUCGAAGAAGGAUGUGGGGAGCGUGCAGUUUCUUCUUCAGAGAAUUGAGAAUCCUGGAAGCCAAAUAUGUAAUGUGCCAUGGCUGAAGUUUGCUUUCAUUAGUUAAUCUCUACAAGAAUUAAAUGUUUUGAACAAUGACGUUUGAGCUAUGUGCUAUUUGUUUGUCUAAUAAGCUGCCACUAUGCAUUAUUGAGACAACUAUCCGCAACUCAAACGAGGGGACGUCACCCGUAUCAAGUUGAUGUAAUACUCCCUAAAACUAAUUACAUUACAUUUAUGAUAGUUAAUACGGAGUAUUAUACUAUACACUGUAUGUUAUGUCCCUAAAACUAAUUACAUUUAUGAUAGUUAAUAUUAUACUAAAGAUAUUUAUAGCGU